GAAGAGGCGCUGGACUUAGACGUUGCGGAACGUAUGGGUCGUAAGAAAGGACCGAAACACGAUCACCAGUCAAGAAGUCCCAAUGUAAAACAGUCAUCUGAAAAGCUAACCGCAGGAGACAGCACUAAUGAAUUUGCGGCUGAAAAACCAACUACAGAAGGUAGUACUAAUGAAUCUGUGGCUAACGCUAUAUUAUCUGAGUCGUCUGAAAUGAAGGUUGCAGCUAGUGAUGCGGAGACAAUUGAUGUUCUUGGAAAUGGUCUCGUUAUUAAAAAGACUUUAGAAGAAGGUCUUGGUAGAGAAACUCGUCCUAGUCACGGUGAUUCUGUUGUUAUAAAUUACAAAUGUUGGUUGGAAGAUGGAACGCUUGUUGAUAACGCCGAAAAUGUGAAAAUAGUAGUCGGCGACAAUGAUAUAAUACAUGCGUUCGAUCUGUCUAUUCCGCUUGCCGAACACAAAGAGGUAUUCGAACUGACAACUGACUCUCGAUUUGCCUACGGAUCUCGUGGACGAGAUCCCGAUAUCCCAUCAGGGGCAAAUUUAACUUAUCGCAUCGAAAUUCUAAAAGUUGAUGAUCCUCCUUGUUAUGCUAGUAUGUCGAAUUCCGAAAGACUUGCGGUUGCUAAUCAGAAAAAAGACAGAGGCAAUUAUUACUACAGGCGGGAAGAAUUUGCGUUCGCUAUCGAUAGCUAUAACAAAGCCUUGAAAAUUUUAAACUUGCCCCCUGCACCUCCUACCCAAUCGUCAGGAGAUAAAUUUCCGGAAACCAACUGUCCAACAGAACUUAUUAAUGAUGCAAAGUUGAAAUUGGAAAAUAACCUUGCAGCAGCUCAGUUGAAGGUUGAAGCAUAUGAUGCUGCUAUAAUGUCCUGUGAUACUGUUUUGAAAAGCGAUCCACAAAAUAUUAAGGCUUUAUUCAGGAAAGGAAAGGCUCUUUUGGAAAUGAACGAAGUAGACGAUGCUAUCCCAAUCCUUCAGAAAGUGUUAACAAUAUCCCCGGGCUCACAAAUGGCUAGUGUUGAACUGGCUCGUGCUCGAGCCAUACGACAGAAAGAACGAGAGCAUUGGUCACGGUCUGUUAAUCGCAGGUUUCCGAAAAUUAAGCAGAAUAAGAAUACGAAACUAUCUGUUGCAUCUCGAGUUAAACUGGUGAUGAGUUCUCGUCCUGUGAUGUUAACAAGUAUCAUGGCGAUUUUGUCUGUUCUCAUUGGGUUUCUUGCAUACAUUUAUCAACCUGCUAUUAUGAACAUCAAUACAUAGAGAUUAUUUUAAUCAUUGUUUUAUUUCAUCUUUCAAUUUGUUGGAGCGAAAGGUAUUUCAUAGAAGAAAAAAAAAUGUAAAAUUCAUUAUUUGUAAAUAAUAACAAAAUAUUGUUAAUUCAAUUUUUUUUAACAACACACCUCAUUUCGUUUUAUGCGUUCGUAAUUUUUUUUUUUGUUUUUGGUGAAUUUAUUCAGUAUCUAUCGUGUUCUGCUGUUGCUGAUUGAUUAAUUUAUAGAAUUCAACUUUUUCUUAUCUGAAUUUUGUGAAUAUAUCAAUAAACGUUUAGAGAACAUUUUUUUUCUUUCCUAUCAUGAAACAUGAUUACAAAACUAAAGUAUACUUAUGCAUAUAUCAUGUAAUAGACUUUACAAAAAAGCAGCAUAUUCAUUCACUUAUUAAAACAAGUGGGACUAAAAGCUGUGUUCAAAUUAACACUUACAAAUGUACAUUGUAAUAGUAUUAUUAUUUCAUAGGUAUCUUUAUCAGUUUAGUUAUGUAACUUGUGUUUUUGCAAUAAAGUUUUAUAAAAAGAAAGUGAUUUUCAAAGUAUUUAAUCUAUUAUUAAUAAUUUUGCUUAGGUUGAACAUUUUCAAUUGAUGAUUUGUUGUUGUUACUUUCUAAGCCAAUUUAGGUUUUCCAAUUAUGAAAUAGUUGUUUUAUCAAAACAAUAGAGGCAUAAUUUUGGUUGUCUCAACUGCUGUUCAGUAACUGUCUAGUUCAUACUGUCAAUAACUAAAGUUAGCUGCCACUGGAACAGUUGUUAGUGACUACUAGAUAACUACUAAUUCAUUUAAUUGAUUGAUGCUUUUCAUGUUUGAAGUGAAUAGUGUUUGUUGGUUAAGGAAAAUCAAGUGAAUUUUUUUUUUGUUGUAAAUAUUUUGAUUUUCAAUUGUUGUUGUUGACAUAAUCUUGCAUUUUAUUUCAGUUUAUGGGUUGUCACUUAUUUUUAUUUUUAUAAUUUAAAAAUUCAUGAUAGUGUAAAUAAAUAUAUGCAUGCAAAUUUU